AUGGCAGCACUGCCGUUAUACACCACUGUCGCUAGGCUCCUGUGGGACUGCCUUGCUUCUGUGUCUGAGUUGGGUAGGAGAAAUGAUCUUACGCUCUGCUGGGUGCCUGGACACUCAGGCAUAAAAGGAAAUGAAGCUGCAGACAGAUUGGCAAUAAACACUGCCUCUGCGACAACUAUAAUAAGCCCACAACCCUUCUGUGGCAUUUCACAAAACAGCACAUGUUCUUCGAUUGCGUCAUGGGGCAAAGAAAAGCACCGCAAACGCUGGGUUGACACUUCCCUUCUUAGGAAGAAAACCAAGCGACAGUGCGACAUUGUCGCAGAACUAGGAAGCGGCCCGCAGAAAGAUCAGACUAGUCUUACAUUGGACAGCGCAGUCGGAGGCCAGACCGUCCCAAUCCCAAUACAUGUAGUAGCUAUUAUGGCAGAACAAUCGAACAACGCUGAGGGUGCCAUGUCACAAGAAACGUUUGAAAACAUAACAAGAUUGAUUGUAGAUGUUGGCUUCAACAGAUUACCUGAUUCUGGUAAUAAUGGAAAGUUGAUUUACUUGAAAGGUCGCAUUGAAGUCAAUGAACCUCUCACAGAACCCGAGUAUGGAGUCACUAUCGCUGCCGUCAAACUCAAAAGACGAGUUCAGAUGUUCCAGUGGGUUGAAGUGCAGGAAGAAAAAUCUCAGUGGUGGGGCUAUGAUACAGACUCUUACAACCCCAUAGUGUACACUACUGCUUGGCGCGAUCGACUAGUUGACAGCACAUUAUUCGCUAAACCUUUUGGUCAUGCAAAUCCUAAAGCGUUCCCAUUGGAGAGUAGUGUGAGUGUGAGCGAGAUAGUUCAUGUGGGAGGCUACACACUCAGCGACGAGCUUAAAGACCACUUUACUACCUACACACUUCUCACAAGUGAUCAAAGACCUGAGCGAAGAGAUAUCAAAAUGCACUCAGGUCUCUACUAUCAUUCUUUUGAUGUGUGGAACCCAGAGGUCGGAGACACGAGGGUUCAGCUAUCAUAUACGGGAGCAUCUGACAGUAUGAUCACAAUUCUGGCUGAACAAGAUGGCUCCACUCUACGGCCCUUCGUUGCAGCCGGCGAAGAUCUGACAGUAGUUGUGGAAGGUGAACUUCCUCUCUCGGAUAUCCUGGCCAUCAAGUUUCCAUCAUCAGGUGUUUGGUUGAUCCGAAUCUCAGUAUAUUUUGGCAUAUAUUGCGGCUACUCUACUCUCAGCUUCAUCGUAGGUAGACAGAGUCGGCUAUUGCAAGCGUUCGUUCACAACAACAAGGCGUUCCUUUGCCAGAUUCUUUCUGCAGCCACCUUCUUCACUGUCAUGGCGUUUGCCUGGCUGCCAUUCAGACCAGUUCUUGGAUCAGUCAAUCUACUUAUAGCAGCAAUCUUGGUGCUAUAUUUGGUUAUCAAAGGUUAUUCUCUGUACUACUACUUCAACCGUUGACUUCAUAUCCCCCUUAGGUGGUCUGAAAAAUACCAAAUGAUCUGUGCCCAUUAUACCUGACAAAGACAAACUUCAAGAUAAAGGAAUGAAGGUUUUGCAUACAUGUUACAUCCAUAUGCAAUAUAAUAUAUUACCUAUGGAGCAGGAAGAGGACAUGGUCUACGAGUUGUGCCCAAGACUGAAUGUUGAAAACAUGUUUUGGGACUGAGUUGACAAAUUUGUAACUGACCACCCUAAAUGGGACGAUAACUACAGUGUACAUAACUGUGUGUACAUGUAACAUAUUGCCUAUAUGUAACAUUGUGUGAUGUAAAACUUCAUAAAAUUUUAUACAUUGAUUAGGUUUAGAAAUAAAAGCUGUCAU